GCAACACAUCGUUUUUUAGUCGUCGUCUUGAAUCUUAGUUGUCGAAGUGACAUCCUUUUCUGAGCAAACAUAAGAUUUCGUGCUUGUGAAUAUGGAUCCCAAAAUGCCCAAAGCCGUGAAACCUAAGCGUCGCAAGAAGAGCCAGUCUAGAACUGAAGUAACAAACAUAUCCGACAGUGAGAGUGACACUGCUCCUAAAUCACAAUCUCUCAAGCCAAAGGCUCAAUCAGCAGCUGUCAAAUCAAUCUCUCAAAGCAAACCAUCUGCAUCAGUCAAAGUCCCAUCUAAACCAACCUUAGUGAAAGACUCGGCUCUCGCUGAAAAGUUCACAUCGCACUAUCUUCAACGUAUUACUACUGAAUUCUCGGAGGAUCUGGAUAAGAUCCGUGAAGCGGACGAUUUCAAUGGGAAUGCCUUGCAAAUAUUGGUGCAUGCGUUAAAGCAAGGUACGGAAGUCUGGGGCGAGGAAGAGAUGAGGAGAAUUGUUGGAUAGGUUGCGAGUGUGUAUGGAAAUUGAGGGGAGGCUGAAAUACGGAAAAUCAUGUGACGAUGGCCGAGUUAGCAAAAGACCAACGUGGAUACGCUGUUGAAAGACGACUCUCAUUCUGAUGAUGAGAGCAGCGAGAAUGGGACAGUAAGAGUCAUGAAGCUGAAAAAUGUGCGCUUUGAAGCGCUUGAAUCGACUGCAAAAAUGGGGAUAAUUGAAUGGUAGUCCCAAGAGAUGCAGGUGAAGCGAGUGGAGAUGUACGAGCUUCAUUGACGGCGUUACGGUUUCGAAAGGAAGUCAAAAGUACCAUAAUCAUAUUUCAUUUUAGACGCGCGAGUUUAUAGAUGUACUUUUAGGUAUUUGCUGAUUAUAAAUCACAUUUCCACAAGCAGUUUA